UUUACGCUCACUAAUGUCACCGUGACCCCUGACCUUUAUAAAUCUUUGUUUUGGUCGUUGUCUUGUGCUGUUGAAAAAAUCAUAAUGCGACUUAUCCAACACAUCCUUCGAUUUCGUCCUACGGUAAUAAUCUCAGCCAGACAAUGCCACAUAUUAAGCACACAGGCAGCUGCCUUCAACAAAAAUGUGUCUGCUGCUCAACAUUACACUGUCUCAAAACAAUAUAACCUGCUGCUUUUAUCACCAAUCUAUGCUCAGAGUCAGAAAAGGGAGUUUUGGGGGAUAGAUGUUGCUUUCAAUAAGGUAGAUGAGGAAAGGGUCAAAUUAGCAGGCCCAGACAGAGCAGCAGCAGAAUGGAUUUUAAGAAAUGGGGGCAGUAUCAAAUGGACAAUGUCUAGCAACCAUCUUAACGACUACAACCUAUUGCCAACAACAAGUUUUGAAGAUUACAAGAUUGAAGAGAUUGAUUUAACUGCCACUGACGUCAUCAACAUGGGUUUUGAACAUCUGAAUAAUUUGCAGCACGUGAAAAAGAUCAGGCUGCAUGGUUGUCGUUGUAUAUCCGAUGAAGCUCUUGGUCUGCUUGUUCAUGUCAAGGAUACUUUGGUACACCUGGAAGUGAGUACCUGCCCUAUGAUCACAGAAAAAGGUUUAAUGGGACUGGCUGAACUAAAAAAACUUAAAUCUCUUACCUUGAAUGAAUUGCAAGAUGUGAAAAAUUUUCAACAAGCAAUUGUCAACUUACAGAAGGCUAUGCCAUGGUGUACUAUUAAUGAUAUGGAUGAAGAAGCAACACUGCCAACUUAAUUAAUUAAUUAGCUCAAAUAGCUUCAUUUUUUUUUUUAAUUGUAUGAAUUAUAGUUUUAAACUAUAUUUGUGAGUGAAGCUGCUGUGGUUAAUAAAACAAUUUCUUAUGUGUACUAUGAAAACAAGGCAUUAAAUUUCCAACACACAGAGUGUUGACACAGCUUUACUAAACAACAGGUUAAGUGGCUGGGCAUUAUAACAAAAAUUUUAAUAAACUGAAAUGUAUUUGAAGAUUUUUUUUUUUUUAGUAGAAAAUUGUAUUAGCAGUGUUAGCUCUUGCAUAGGUAAGUAGUUUACUGGUUUUAUUUACCAGUAAUCAGGCUAGCAUUCAUAUUUAUUAGCAUACAAAAUUAAGAUUGCUGAAUAUUGCACAAAAUGUGCUGAUGAACUAAAUUACUAAAAUAACACAAUUCUACUUGUAACUCACUGUGAUUGUUUACUUUGUAAUAAAUCUAUUUAAUAAUAGUAAAAGAAAUUGAAAAUUAGCAAAA